UUGACUGAUCUUAGUCCGGUUUCGGAGUCCCACAGUCUGGAAGUGGUCCAGGGGCUCCUCAAUGUCCACAGACCUGAACGAAAUGCCUUUCAUUCCACAGAGCAAAGCAGCUGGGAGCUGAAGAUGGAGGACAGGGACACCUCAGCCCACAGACCGGAGGAGGAAGAGGAGCAGGAGCAGAAGAUGCCGUCCCUCCGUGCUGGAGGCCAGAAGGUGCGUCCCUCCUCCUCCUCCGUUCAGGCGCGGCUGCACUCCUACAGCAGCUCUCUGAGGAAACCUCGAGGCCUCGGACGCAGCCUGAGCUCCUACCUGAACCACGCCGCCAGGCUGGGUACACACACAGUACACCAAGAUGGGAUGGGAUAUAAUAUAUGA